GCUAGAACAUGAACAUUUCGCAACUAAACACCAAUGACGCUUCAAUACAGAACCGAGCUGCUGUCAUUGAGGAUGGAGGUGGCGUUGCUGAUUAUUUAAGACAGGCCCCAGUCCAAGACCUUCGGAAUCUGUUCCACGCGGCAGACCCAGUAGCACGUCAUGCAAGACUCUCACAAAAUACACAUCUACUGGAAGAUAUUAAACGCCGGCAUCCGGCGUCUGAGAGAAGAGUUUUCAAAAGCGAUUUUAAAUUCAUUAUGGUAUGAUAAAAGAGAUGUAUCCCGUCAUCGACAUUCACCCCUCAUCGCCCUCACUGAAGAGGACCCAACGAGAGGCAAACUUCCUAUCAAGGAAAAUUGCAGCAUUUCUCUCCAGAGCCGAUCAGUCCGUAGACCGAAGGCAACACGUCGCCGUGGAAAAGGCUGGACGACGGUCGUGGCAGGCUCUGUUAAAGCUUUUCGAUGUAUGGAGAGAAAAGAAAAGAAGAGGAAAGAUCGCCGCGGUCGCCCGCUUUUUAUAGCCGUUGUGCGUCACGUGAGGCGGGUCCCGGUCUCGCUUGACGGCGCCAGGCACCAAGGCCCCCCAAGGCUAGCGGGCGGCCCGUCAGGCACCAGGGCUCCAAGGCUCCCACGGCCAUCAUUCAUCCAGUCUCUACUGGCUAUUUAUGUACAGAACUAAGUACUGCUCUCGGCCAUCGUGACCACAUCUACAUAGAACCUCAGCCCCAUUGGUAAUUCCUUCUUCGCUC